AUCGUUCUCCCAGAGUCUUUGGCCCCAUCGAAUCCUAUAAUUUUCGCCCGUCCUUACGCGUCCAUCCCCUAAGACUAAACAUCCAGACAUAAUGCCGUCGCUCUUUUCAACCGCGAAAGCAGCCGCCGUGUGGACCCUCCUCGGAGCAGCGCAAAUUCACGCUGCGACGAAUCUCAAAGUUCCCUUCAAGACGAGCCUAGCGCCGAAUGCCGCGCCAUUCUACCGCCCAUCCGCUCCUCUCACCAAUGCCGCGCUCAAAGUGGUCGCCGUAGUACAAGCUGGAGAUGAUCAGACUUUUAAUGAAGUCUUGGUUGAUACGGGCAGCGCCAUCCUCUGGGUUGGUGCGCAGGAGAAGUAUAUUCCUGGGCCACACACGCAGACGACAAACGAAACGUUCAGCGUAGGAUACGGCACGGGCGGCGUCAACGGCACUGCGUAUCUGGACCGCGUCACUAUAGGACAGGCGACAGUGUCCUCCCAGCUCAUCGGCUCUGCAGGAUAUAUGCAAGGUUUUACUCUCGUGGAGCCCAUUGGUGGUAUUGUGGGACUUGGCCCGUCCGGCUCGAAUUACGGCGAAGUGUCAGGUCACAAUACGACGCCGACAUUCGUCGAGAAUCUGCUGUCGGAGGGGUCGAUCGAAAGCGGCGUGUUUGGCAUCUAUGUCAGCCCGCUGAGCGAGAACGGCGUGCCUGAGGGCUUUGGCGAGAUCACCUUUGGUGGUGUCGACCAGAGCAAGAUCAACGGAGAUGUCACUUGGCUCCCCCAAAACCAGCCGGUCGACUUCCACUGGGAGUUUAACGUCUCGAGCUUCACAAUAGGCGAGAACGUCACCGCUGGGCCCAUAUAUGCCCGCACAGACACUGGUGUACUGUUCAUCGCCAUUCCCUUUGAUUCGUUCGUCGCACUGCUCGCCGAUAUUCCUAACGCAUCGCUCGACCAGUCGUCAGCCAUUGCCGGCACCCUCGUCUUCCCCACCAACGUCACCGUCGACUCGUUGCCCGACAUGGAGAUCGGCAUCGGGAACCUGAACUUCAGCAUUCCUGCUUCCAAGUACAUUGUGCCCCCGACGUUGCACGCGUCCCUGAAUAUCACGGACAACCUCACGCACACCUGGCUUGCCUCGGGUGGCCCGGAUAUGUUCGACCUAGGGCAGAAGUUCCUGGAAAACGCGUAUUCCGCAUACGACAUCGAGAACCAUCUCGUCGGUUUCGCACAGCUCGCGUGAGACCUGUGGCGUUCUACGGACAGACCCUUUUGUUAUGGACUAUGCUGUUAUACGGACAUGUUGUGUAGCUGUCGAAGCUCUCCAAUGAACUUUUCUAUGGU